AUGGACAAGAUAGACUUCACAAAUUGGGAAGAAAAGAUGAUAGGCAAUGCAUCAGGGUCAGUAAGCGUGAGAAAUUCCAGAUCUUAAGGCUAUAAAUUCUCUCAGAACCUGCUAUAUCAAUAAAGAAUGUCGUAAUCCAACAUUUCCAAAGAAAAUAUUGGUAGAAAAGGGCAAAGUGGCAAGCUAGACUUAGCUAAGAUCUUCUAUCAAGAAUUCUAUGAUGUUGUAUAGUACUGA